AUGAAGCUGUUGUUGGUCCUUGUGGGACUCAUCGCUGUGCUGCUGGGUGCCGUGGUGUACCACGAUGGCGCGCCAUCUUCGCCCAACGAUUUUGCCACUCCCGCGUCCUCUGCCGAUGGAAUCCAACAGACGCGCACCUACGCGCGCAUCGUUGAGCGAGUCCCCAUCCACCACGAGCACUUCGAAGCCUGGCUCUACUUGCCUCUCCCUGUCCCGGCUACCAAGCCUCCAGUCAUCAUAAUGGGUCCUGGUCUGGCGGCACAGAAGGACUUCGCGGGAUUAACGGCCUACGCGGAGCGCUUCGUGGCGGAAGGGUGGGCCGUGUUCCUCUUCGACUACCGCAACUUUGGCCGUAGCGAGGGCAGGCCGCGCAACCUUAUCGACCCCAUCCGCCACGUGCAGGACUACCACGCCGCCAUCGUCCACGUCGUCAACACCAACAUUACUGAAAAGGUGGACGUCACGCGCAUGGCUCUCUGGGGCUCCUCCUUCAGCGGCGGCCACGUGCUGGUGACGGCCUCCGAGUUCGAGGCCGCCGUUAAGGCCUAUCCUCUCAACUACAUCCUCAACCAAAGGCCGGAACAUGUGAACAGGACUAAGCCCCAGCUCAAGGCCGUCUUCUCGCAAGUGCCUCACCUGGACCCCUAUGCGGUCAUCCCCACCCUCAACCUACUCCAGGUCGCACGCGGCUUCGCUUUGGCCAUUGCCGACUGGAUCGGGUCGUGGUUUGGGCUCAACGUCUACGUCAGGAUCUACGCCUCGCCGGCCGAGGUUGCCAUCAUGAAUACGCCCGAGGCUGUUGAGUACGGUCAUUUGGUGCCCGAGAAGCCAGUCGGCGGAUGGGUAAACAAGGCACCGGCGAGGUCUAUCCUCUACGUUUCUCGCUACAGGCCGCUGGACUAUGUGGCCUCCAUUGCUACGCCCACGCUGAUGAUCGUAGCCAAUCACGAUACCCUGUGCCCUAUCACCGCCGCCAACGAAGCCGAGAAACUCCUCGCCAAUGGAAAGGUUCUCAAGUACGACGUGGGCCACUUCGACUUCUACGAGGGCAAGCCACACUUCGAGGAGACGCUCGAGCACCAGAUCCGAUUCUUCCGCGAGCAUCUCUAA